CCAACGCGUUCGGUCACUCUCUCUCUCUCACUUCCACUCUCACUAUCUCUCUUUGUCUCAGUCUUCGUCUCCGUCUGCGUCUCUUUCUCCGCCUCCACCUCCGCUUCCGUCUCCGCCUCCGUCUGUGUCUCCAGGGGAAAAGUGUGAAAAGUUGUCACUGCUCUUAUGUAUACAACUCGCCACCUUUUCCGGUAAAAUGUUUCUGGCCAUCAACCAGAGCCUGCACAAUGGCGGCAAGAAGAAGCGAAAGCGACGGCCUGCCGAUGGCCAACAGCAAGAUGAUCCGCAGGAUGAUCCUGCCGAGGGUCCACCCCCGGGUCCGCCCCUGGAGUCCAGUGCCUCCAGCGAUCAGCUGGUGGACGGGGAUACUCUAGCCACAACCAGCAUCUGCCAGGCGUGCAAGUGCCCCGGAAGACAGUCCUCGCUGAUGCUGAUCUACAUCUACCUGGGUGCUCUCACCCUGAUCCUGGCCAGCCUGGCCAUCGUGUGCUAUACACAGGCCCAGGAUGAAGGCUCCGCAUCGCCGGUGGGCGGUCCCGCCUCCGUCAGAGCCUUCCGAGCGCAGUUCCAAGCGGAGCUGUUGCGAUCGGAGGACGUGCUGAGGACAGUGGUCAGCCGGAUACUGGAGAGCGAGCAGGAACCGGAGGCCAGCAGUGCCAUUCCUCGUCAGAAUCCCCUCAAGAACGAGCGCAAGUUUACGGACAACCUGAUCAGUCACACGCCGCGACCCACCGGAAAGCGGAUGCGCCGGGACAUAGCCUCCUCGUCGCCCUCCUCCAUGCACGCGGAUCCAGUGAUCGAGUUCUUCAACCCCAACCACCGCAAGGUGCUCGAGGAGCAGGACACCGAAAUCCGCAAGCGAACGGGCCAGAAGGGAGCUGCGCCCGGCGGCGAUGAAUGGAUCUACCUGAACACCUACUGCCGCGUCCCGGAGAAGAUCAUCACGGGCUUUUGCAAGGGCACCCAAGACUAUUGCCCGCCGGCGCCACAGGGUCCCACCGGCGAGGUGGGCCCCAAGGGACCCCAGGGCAAUCCCGGGCUACCCGGUAUUCCCGGGCCCAAGGGCAACAGGGGCGAUGUUGGUUUACCCGGAGCACCCGGCGUCGAUGGUGUAGGACAUGCGGGUCAAGCGGGACCACGUGGACCCAAGGGUGAUGCUGGGGCCACCGGCAGAGCCGGCUUGGAUGGACGGGACGGUGUGCCGGGUGAGCCGGGCCUGGAUGGGGUGCCGGGACGAGCGGGGGCCGAUGGCAAGAAUGGGCUAUCGGGUCGAGACGGCAAGGAUGGUCUGCAUGGCAAGGAUGGCAAGGAUGGCAUGUCCAUAACUGGGCCGAAGGGCGCUCAGGGACCGCCAGGAGAGCGAGGCUUGAAGGGCAUCGCAGGACCACGUGGUCGUCCCGGCAAGCCGGGCACCAAUGGCACACCCGGAGUGCCCGGCAUCAAUGCCUGGAAGAUGCAAUUCCCCAACGGCAGCUCCUCCAAUGAUCUGCUCAUACCGCCCUCCAUAACAGAUCUUCACUCGCCGGAAUUCAAUCGCAUUGUGAUUGUGGAGGAGGGACGCUCCCUGAACCUGAGCUGCUCGGCAACGGGGAAUCCUGCUCCGCAGGUGGAGUGGCGACGCGAGGAUGGACGCACCAUUAAUGUGAAUGGCAUGGAGAUGGCCUCCAUCAAUGGCCAGUUCCUAAAGUUCACCAACAUCACCCGACACCAGAUGGCGGCCUACACCUGUUAUGCCAACAAUGGCAUUGCACCUGUGGCCAAUGCCACCUUUAUUGUGGAGGUACACUUUGCUCCCAUGAUAUCGGUGUAUCGCCAGAUGAUUUAUGCCGAGUACCAGAGCAGUGCCACCUUGGAGUGCCUGGUGGAGGCCUUUCCGGAGGCCAUACGCUACUGGGAGCGUGCCUACGAUGGCAAGAUACUUGAUCCCAGCGAGAAGUAUGGCAUUGAAUCGUACCCAGAGGGGAGCUUCAAGACAUCCAUGCGCCUGACCAUUAGCAACCUACGAAAGGAUGACUUUGGCUACUAUCAUUGUGUGGCCAGGAAUGAGCUAAAUGCCACCAUGGUCAACUUUGAGAUAGCACCUCAAGAUCCCAAUAGCGAAACCCCCUAUGUGGGCAAUAGCAUCAAGGUGUAUGGCCAGAGACCGCCGGAGAGUGAAUGUCCCGUUUGCGAUCAGUGUCCUGAUCCUAGUCUCUACCAGUGCAAGGACUCCAUCCUAAACAACUUUGAGAUACAGGCCACAGGCAACCUUAGCUAUCCGGGACUGCCCAAGCGACCCAAAACCUGCUAUCUAUAUGCGGUGGGAAAACCUGUUUUCCACAAGGUGGUCAAUGAGAAAUUUGGCUCCUGGCUUAGGGAUCCUGCCCCGGAAAGUGAUCGGGAGAAGACUUUUGUGACCAAUGAGAAUGAUCCCUACAAUUUGUUUGAGUUCACCACACGCAUUCAGUACCGGAUGAACAGUGUGCCCAGGAGGAAGUACGAAAUUUCAGAGGGUUUCCAUGGCAAUGCUCAUGUGGUGUUCAAUGGCUCGUUCUACUACCACCAAAGGGGCUCGGACCUGGUGGUCAAGCUGGACUUGACCAGUCUCAAGAAGAUCACCACACAAUUGCCAUAUGCCGGAGUGGCAGCCGCCAAUAGGCUGUACACGACGGACUACAACUACAUGGACUUCAAUGUGGACGAGGUGGGACUGUGGGUGAUCUAUAGCACUUAUAGCUCGAACAACACGCUGGUGGCCAAGCUGGAUGCGGACACCCUGAAGAUGCAGUACAACUUCAACAUCACCCUGGACCACCGGCAGUUCGGCGAGAUGUUCAUUGUGUGCGGCAACCUGUAUGCCAUCGAUUCGGGAACGGAUAAGAAUACCCAAAUCCGUUACGUGGUGGACUUGUACAAGGGCAAGCUGCUCAACACGAAUCUGCCCUUCUCGAAUCCCUUUAGCCACACCACCACCGUGGGUUACAAUCCCCUGACAGUGGAACUCUACUCCUGGGACAAGGGCAACGCCCUCACAUAUCCCAUACGCUACAAUGAGCAGCGUCUUAUCUCCGAUAAUAGUUAGGAGUAUUCAAUAAAUAGAUCUAAAAGAUCUAGCAAAUGCAGAAGUCUAAGCUCAAAUCUAUAUCUAGUCUAAGGCACAAUAAAUAAAUGG